AUGGCCUGCACAAUUUGUACGAAAUCGUUUGGAUUUUUCAACAAAGAGCAUGGAUGUCCCGUGUGCAAGUUUUCCUUCUGUUCGGGAUGUCUCAAAUACAAGCUGGUACGCGAUGGAAAGAGGCUAAACGUUUGUUUACGCUGCUCAAGACUAUCGCUUGUGAAUGAGCCUACGAAGGGCGAAGCUAAACCCAUGCCUACUACAUCACGCAAAGCAGAGAUCGCAACGAACUCCAAACCGACCGAGAACCGAAUUCCUAGUCCUGUAGAUCCACCCGAAGGUCCGAUAGAUGAUGAUUUAAUACGCAACAAACUGGAUGCGCUAAAGGCGAACGAUGUAGAAGACCAAGAUUCAUGCAAUUCGGAUGCUCCUGCAUUAACGGGGGAUAAUGUGGACAUAGAGAGACGCCUGGCAGCUCUUAAGGGUGUGGAGUACAAGGAUUAUAAAGAUGCACCACAACGAUUUAUGGCACCGGACAAUCGAACUGAGGAACAGAAGGUGCAGGAUUUGCUCGGUCAGUUUGCGGAGGAAACAAAGCUAAACAACGUGAUGGAUGACAAGCGUGCCGAACAGGAUGAAGAAAUUGUCAAACGAUUAAACGCAUUGAAGGAAUUUCCGUCGAGUGGUGCUGGUGGAAAUGUGGAAUCGGGAAGUGGAAAUUCUCGACCAUCCAUUCUACCGGACAGUGAUUCGGAUGAGGGUUUGACGGAUGAAGAACUAGCGCGCAAGUUGGCCAAAAGGUACGCGGAAGAGGGUAAAAUGGAAGCGAAAUUGAACUUGGAAAGUGAAUUAGAAGAAGAACCCAGAGUUCCUUCUAACGAUAAUGAGGAACUGCCUUGGUGUACCAUCUGCAACGAGGAUGCAGUGAUCAGGUGCCGCGGAUGUGAUAAUGAUCUGUAUUGUAGGGCGUGCUACAAAGAAUUUCACUACGAUGAAGAUCCAAAGGAGCACACAACCGUUCCAUUCAAGGGUGGUAAGGGAACCAAAAACGCUUGA